GAGCCACUGAAUUCGGAUGAUGAUCAGAGCAUAAUUGACACAAACGAACCCUUUGACGUUGACAACGUCAUCGUCUGCCAAUACGAGAAAAUACACAGAGUAAAGAACAGAUGGAAGCUGAUAUUGAAAUCAGGGAUAAUGAACAUAGACGGGAAAGACAAACUUUUCAACAGGGCGGCCGGCGAUGCUGAGUGGUAA